UACCCCUGUAAAGGAAGGGAGGUAGAACUCGGAACUUAACCCAUGGAUAACGUUGUUUGACGUAACUGAAAAACCCUAACCAUACCUCUGCUUCUUCUAAUGCUUCACUCUUCCAACAUUUAACUGGAUCCCUUAUACAAAUGAUGCAUAUAAUACUCAGCAACUCUCGUUCAAAUUCUCAUGAAUUUGUAUUUCACAGACGUUUUGGUAGAAGAAAAGCAUGUUUUGAUGGAGUUUCUUCAUUUUGUUCUGAAAGAGAAAUUGAAUCAUCUAAUAGCUCUACUAGCGGUGUUUCUUCAAAAUCCACUUCUGUUCAAAGGCUAAAUGAAGAUAUUAAUGGCAAAGAUUUGAGUGAAAUAAUUCCUUUUACAACAAGGAGAAUGUUAUUUGCUAGUCCUUUGGUUUAUUUUGUUUCUAACAGCUCAAGCCUCCAAGCCAUUGCUUUGGGAAAUCCGUCGUUAACCAUUGAACAAGUGACUCCACCUGUUAUCCCAUCUGGGGAGCUAUUCCCUGCUGAGGAAAGAAUUGUCGGUCUCUUCGAAAAGAAUACGUAUUCUGUUGUGAAUAUCUUUGAUGUAACACUGCGUCCACAACUAAAUAUGACAGGUGUUGUCGAGGUUCCUGAAGGAAAUGGUUCAGGAGUAAUUUGGGAUGAACAAGGACAUAUAGUUACAAACUAUCAUGUUGUUGGCAACGCUCUUUCAAGAAAUCCUGCCCCUGGUCAAGUUGUUGCCCGAGUCAAUAUUCUUGCGUCUGAUGGGGUGCAAAAGAACUUUGAGGGCAAGCUAAUUGGUGCAGACUGUGACAAAGAUCUUGCUGUUUUACAGGUUGAAGCCCCUAAAGAUCUUCUGAGGCCAAUUAAGGUGGGACAGUCUUCUGAUCUAAAAGUUGGCCAGCAGUGUUUAGCGAUCGGAAACCCAUUUGGAUUUGAUCACACUCUGACAGUUGGAGUUAUUAGUGGACUAAAUAGAGAAAUUAACAGCCAAGCUGGAGUUACAAUCAGUGGCGGAAUUCAGACAGAUGCAGCCAUCAAUCCUGGUAACAGCGGAGGACCCCUACUCGACUCUAAAGGAAAUUUAAUUGGGAUUAACACUGCAAUAUAUACUCAAACAGGGACCUCUGCUGGUGUUGGAUUUGCGAUCGCCUCCUCAACAGUACUUAAGAUAGUACCUCAGUUGAUCCAGUUUGGCAAAGUUGUUAGGGCUGGUUUGAAUGUGGAGAUAGCUCCGGACGUGCUUGCCAACCAGUUAAAUGUUCGGAAUGGAGCUCUUAUUCUACAGGUACCAGGAAAUAGUCCAGAAGCCAAGGCUGGGCUUGUUUCAACCUCCAGGGGUUUUGCUGGUAAUAUAGUACUUGGGGAUAUUAUUGUCGCAGUUGACGAUAAACCUGUAAGGAACAAAGCGGAAUUAUCAAAGGUGCUAGACGACUACAGCGUGGGUGAUAAAGUCUUGCUGAAGAUCCAAAGAGGCAGUGAAAACUUGGAGGUGUAUCUAGUUUUAGGUGAAACCUAAGAGCCUUUAAUGGAUUAUUGCUCAGAUAAUACUUAGGAUGGUAAAGUCAUUGGGUGAUGAUAUCAGUGACCUGUCAACAUUUAGCGUGUAUGUUCUUCAGAUAUGCCGGCAAAGAACAGUUGUUACUGGCGAGUGGUGAGAAUGAUCAACUUGGUUUUCUCCUUUUGAAAAUCCUGUCAGAGAUCAUGGUGGGGGGAAUUAUUAUAGCAUUAAAACCCAUGGGUCAUUUAUAUUUAAAUGGAAUGGAAGGCCUUAUAGACAGACGUGGGUGCCCUAAACAGGAAAAGGUAGGUGCACCAACCUUGAUAUACAAGGGUUGUUUGUAAUUGUAUGCUAAGCUGUUCAUAUAUUCCUCCUCCAUAAGACCAUGGUUUGGCAUCUUGACAACCUGGCUUUG